UAAACAGCAUACCACCAUCGCCACCUAAAGUAGACCCCUUCCAUCCCCAGCCGGCUGAAAUAUCCAGUCAAUCCGUUAGCUUCGUGACGUCAGUGCGCACCACCACACAACGCUUGUCUCGGAACAUUAGCACUAGCAGAGGGACACGGGCAAGACAAGUUGUGCCCGUCCCAGUAUAUUCAUCAGGAUUAUCUCAAAUCAGUACAACAUUUAGGAUAUCUCAAAGGAUUAUCAAGAUGAUACGAUUAUUGAGUUGUCUCACUUGUGUCCUGGUGGCCCUCCACUAUGGAAUGUCAGCCAGGAUGACAACAGAGCGCCUGACCAUGGACCUGGCAACAUUUAUAGAGGACGAACACCUCAACGAAGCGACAGUGGGCGUGAUGCGUGACGGCAAGUUGGUCUAUGCCCAGGGUUUGGUCAAGAAGAGCAGCCGGGCGGUCGAUGUGAGGUCACCACACGAGAUUCCAGCACUGUCCAUGUCGCAUCUGAUUGCAUGUCUUGCCGUUCUUAGACUCAAGGAGGACGGCUAUGUCGCAUUAGAUGACAAGGUCUUCGGCAAAGGUGGCCUCCUUUCUGAUUACGUCACCAAGAAGAGAUACUCCUUGAAUGCACGUGUUGGUCAGGUGACCUUGGCUAACCUCAUGCAGCAGACGGUAGAGUGGACAGUCAAACCAGAAGAUUGGACAAGGAACACUUUCCCAGGUGACGUCAUAACUGGGGCGAUGACUGAUCCGUUGAGGCGGACACCGGGAGAGACAUUUAGAUUCUCCAUCUUGAAUGAGUAUUUGUUGCGCAUCAUCGUGGAAGUCUACUGGGAGACAAGCUAUGAAGAUUUUGUCAAACAGUUCAUCAUGGUCCCGUUGGGCAUGUUCCACUCACGUCUUUCCCACCAGAUCAAUCCAACCCAAAACAUAAUGGACCUGCCAGCACAUCUUCAGUCUCUCAAAAUCCCACUCUUACCCUCCAUCUGGCAGUUGUCAGUUUAUGACGCAAUGCGUCUUCUUGCUGCCAUUGAUGGGUCCCGUAGCUUGCUGAUGGGAUGGAAUACAUUACAACUGAUCUACCAACGACCGAAACAGCCAUACCUCCAACACUCGGAUGCCUGGCAAGGGAUGGGCGUAUUCGUGAAGAAUGACGGAUCAUUCUGGCUGGAGUCGGUUGUAGACACUCACUAUGUCUUCUUCUACAACAGUGGCUCUGAUCUGUCUCGUGCAGCUCUGGGGUUGAAAGAUGCCCCUAAAGGAUCUCAUAUCUGUGUGUUGUCCUACAUGCAGGGUGACAACAUAUCUGGCUACAAACAAGAUGUCCUCGACCUUGUGCUACGAGUGGACACAUGGCCCACCCUUGAUAUCAUCAGCGGGGACUUGUUCGAUUCCAAACUUGAAAGCAAGGCUUUGCGCUACCAUAUUUCAGAACAUCACUUCGCUGCUUAUACCAGCGCUCUGAAACAUGCCGGGUAUCAUCCAAUCUGGUUGAGCGCGUAUACCAACAAGGGGCACACUUUCUUCACCGUUGUUGCAGAGCAGAGUAACAAUGUGGAGACUGGAGAUUGGAUCGUGGAACAUGGACUUUUGACAAAACGCUACAAACGACGAGUAGAGAAGUUGGAAUUGGAUGGAUACACACUAAAGAUCACGCAGAACUACAUCUGCAACUCGCACUCUGGUGUCAUCUGUCAUGUGAUCCUGUUGGUGAAACUGCCAGUAGCACAACGCGUCGCUUACAUCCAUCUGUACGAACACAUGAACGAAUACCUUGAAGAUGCUGGACAUUAUUACAAGAAUGACUACAUCCCUGUCGUACAAAGCGUCGUCAAUAGAUUAGGUCAUUCUCAUGUCAGUGCGAUCUUGCACCACGCGGGAAACAAGGAAUAUAAACCCUACAUGGAGCUUGAUCUCAACAACUUGGAGACGACCAUCUACAAGGAAGCAGUCAGCGAGCGCAAUCUCUACUACAUUGACCCGUACUUCAAGAAGGGCGAGAUCCUCUUCUCGGCAGUGUUCAAGAAGGGAGACUCAAGACGCUGGAUGCUCCAACAGGACCUGAGACCCGAAGAAGUCAAGUUUGAAGUUGAAAAGCUUCUGACCACAAGAUAUUUCCCGGAGAUUAUGGUCGCUUACGAAGUAGAUGGAGAGUUGUACUUCACCAUCAUGUAUAUAUUACAGUAGUGUCAUUAAUCUAAUCAAGGGGAGGCCCAUCCUAAAGACGAAGUUAACAUCUUGUACUAACUGUAGCACCCAGCAAUAUCAUGUCAAACAGGGAUGGAUCCAGGAGUCUGAUUGAGAUGGAGGGGUGGACAGAGAUAGACUAGAGGUAGACUCCCGGGGCAGUCCAUUUCGUCACCCUAUUCAUACUGUUUCAUAGGGUGAAGGACUGAAUGCACGAUAGAGGGGGCACACAGGGGUUUUAAAGGUGCACCCCUAAAUCCGUGUCUGUCAGAUGAACAUUGAGAAUGUCAGAAUUGGUCAAAAUUCAGUAGCCCUCAUAUCAUAUUUUUUCCUCCCAAUGUUCUAUUGUUGAACUAGGCAACUGGACCUUUUGCCCGUGUCAUUUCGGUACAGCUCAGAAAAGUUGUACAUCUGAAUAUAGUGUCUCACUUAUUUUCAAAACUAGUCAAAUUUAAAUUGUAAAUAGUUUAUAACUAAGUUUAAGAGUAGCAUAACUUUUUAUACCACUGAAUAUAUAUACUCCAGUUUCGCACCCCUAAGGUCCACUGCAGUAAGCCAGUGUAUGCGUUCAUUUUGGUAGGCCCACGACGGGAGUAAGUUUCUUGAUUGAUUGACCUAGCUGGACGCUAGAAGUGAGAAACUAGAGUAUAAAGAACUUUGUAAUGGACUCUCAAUGUGUGCAGAAUAUGCAUGUGCAUCUAACAACAUUUAUUAAAAGGGAUAGAAAAGAACUGUUGCGUCAUCACCUGUCAUGCUGGAGGGACAGACAAAAGAAAGCAAGCCCAAGUGACCAUGACUGCAUUUGAUUGAGUUUUAUAAGUCAGUAAUAAACAUGCAGUUCUUUGCAAAAAUUAGUGAAUAAUCUGUAACUUCAGAAGAUUACACAUGAAAGAGACUCCCUUCUGUAUAAUGUGUUUGUAACUGUCUUCCAUGCUGUUUAAUAGAAUAAAGUUCUUUUCAAGAAA